UACACCGAGCAAUGAGCAUCCUGUUCACGAGGACAGUUAUUGCAUGAGCAUCAUCUUCAUCUCAUGUUGUUGUACAAUUCCUUUCUUCUAACCUUAUCUAGUCAAACAAACUCCUUCCUUCAUGCAUUGGUGGUGACCGAUUCUUACCUUAUCCUUUGCUCGCCCACUUCCCCAAACACAUAUGGGCUCAAAACUACCGCUACAAUAAUUGCACGACUCAAUCAUUUAUUUAUUUAACACCAUAUUAUUAAUUAAUUAAUUAAUUAUUAAUGUUAGGUUAUGGUUUGAGUUAUUCGCAAGCGAAUGCUAAAACUUUGGUGCAAAGUGUUUGAAAAAGUGUGAAGCAUCUUUAUCGAAAGCUGUGAUUGGAUUCGGUUGUGUUUGGGGCGAAUAUGGAAUUAAGCAAACCCACAAUUUCAAAAAUCCCAAACCCAAAAGAUUGCCUAAUUAACUUAGUCCCAACCACAAGCUCGGACCAAACAUUCCUACCUCAGAUACCACCCGUGUCUGCGGAGUCUUAUAGUUAUGUCCGAUUCGCCGCCACCACUCUGAUUUAAUUCACGUUAUCUCACACUUUGCGGAUUCAUUUGAAUGGAUUUUUUCAGAAACAAGGCGCUCUCUCUCUCUAUCAGCUUCUCUUUCUCUCUCUUCGUCUCCUUGUACAUCUUCGCCGUUUCUCCUACUGCGCAAUCGAACAACUCCGCGCUCCUCCUCUUCUCGGCCACCGAUGAUUGCAGCGGCGUUCGUGAAAUCGCCGAUUAUCGAGCGAAAUGCGCCUACGUGAGGUCGAGCAGCGGCUGCAGCAACGGCUACUUGAACUACCUCGACAUCUUCUACUGCGCCUGCGGCGAUUCCCCCGUGCUCGGGUAUUUUCUGCUGCUGCUAUGGCUGGUGGUGCUGUUUUACGUCCUCGGCAACACGACGGCGGAGUACUUCUGCCCCUCCGUGGAGAGCCUGUCGCGCGUGCUGAGACUGUCCCCGACGAUCGCCGGGACCACGCUUCUCCCGCUGGGGAACGGCGCCAACGACGUCUUCUCCAGCGUGAUCUCCUUCACGCGCUCCGGCGACGCCGACGUCGGCCUCAGCAGCGUCCUCGGCGGCGCCUUCUUCAUCUCGUGCUUCGUCGUCGGCGUCGUGAGCAUCGCGGUCUCGUCGCGGGGGGUCCGGGUGGACAAGGCGAGCUUCGUGAGGGAUGUGCUAUUCUUCCUCUUUGUGCUCUGCUGCGUCAUCAUGAUGAACAUUUUCGAGAGGAUUAAUUUCUGGUUUGCGCUGUGUUUCUUCUGUAUAUACUUUCUCUAUAUUGCUCUUGUCUCCGUUAUGCAAUUUCUCCGGCGGAAGGAGGCGACGGUCCGUCACAGUCAAGUUUUGGAUGAUUUUGGAGAUGUGGAGGUGCCGUUGUUGGAGUAUGCUGAUGAGGAGAAGGCCUCUGUUUCGGAAAAAUCAGAGAAUCUCCGCGAAUCUCGGUGUUGUCGCUACUUGAAUCUAUUUCUCUUUGUUCUAGAAUUGCCGCUUUCGCUGCCGAGAAGGCUCACAAUCCCCGACGUCAGCGAAGAGAAAUGGUCGAAGCCGUUUGCCGUAUCUUCAGCGACGCUAGCGCCGGUACUAAUCGGAGCCCUGUGCAUCGUGCAGCAAGAGAGCAUCGAUUCUCGGACGAGCUUCUCCCUGCUAAUAGCAUCCAUCGUCAUCGGAAUAUCCCUUGGCGCGGCGGCGCUCGUCUUCACGAAGAGCUCCGGCCCGCCGAAGAGGUGGCUGCUGGCGUGGCUGGCCGGAUGCUUCCUGAUGAGCAUAACUUGGACGUACAUUAUAGUGCAGGAGCUGGUGUCGUUGCUGGUCGCAUUCGGCAACAUUUUAGGCAUAAGCCCGUCGAUCCUAGGGCUGACUGUCCUAGCGUGGGGGAACUCGCUAGGCGACUUGAUUUCGAAUUUGGCGAUGGCGUUGAAGGGCGGGGCCGACGGCGCGCAGGUGGCGAUAUCCGGCUGCUACGCGGGGCCGCUCUUCAACACGCUGGUGGGGCUGGGAUUCUCUCUCGUGUUGGCGUCGUUCAAGGUUUAUCCGGCGGGAUAUGCUGUCCCCAAAGAUUCGGAUGUGUAUGAAACCGUGGGGUUCUUGAUGGGAGGCUUGCUUUGGGCGCUUGUUAUAUUGCCUAAGCGAAAUAUGCAGCUUGACAAAUCUCUGGGGAUUGGUUUGUUAGCGAUUUACUUCUGUUUUCUGUUUUUAAGGAUUGUCAAGGGUUUAGGCAUACUCCAACUCGGAGGUUAAUAUCUCGUUUGCUUCCACCUCGUAAGAGGUUUCGGCAGUUUUCCAAGAUCAAAUGUUAGCGCGUGUUCAUAAUUAUUACUAGGAUUUGUUAUUAGCUAAAGCAAUUACUUAACCUAUUCUUGGUUGCAGUUUUGCGUUUCUCAAAUUUUAGUUGGGAAAUUUUAUUUUAAUUGGAAUAUAUGAAGAUUCCUUGUUAUAUGGUA